AUGACAGAAUCUCAUUUCCCUCAUACUAUGCGGCUCUUAAGGUCUAUCAGGAAGCUUGACCUCCACAUUUUUGUGUAUUGUGGCACCACACGUAACUUUCUACACCCUAAGUUCACUUCUCAACUGCACUUACCUAUAGACUCCGAGGAUAUUCGCCAAAUCAGCGCCGCCUCAGGCUUGGAACUCACGCAGGGCACUAUCCAGGAGGUGCCAAUGAGUCUGCAAGGCUAUUCCUUUAUGACUUCUUUUCAUCUAUUGUCGGUGCAGGGGUAUGAUGCCAUGUUGGGAGUACAAUGGCUUGAAUCCUUAGGUGUCAUUGGUUGGAACUUUAAAGGAAGGUUCAUGGAGUUCCACAUUGGCUACAAGCAGAACUGCCUUAAGGGCUUUAGCCCCUCAAAGGCUCAGAUUAUUCAGUAUGCCAUAAUGGCGAAACUUAUUGGUGAAGGAGGUGCUUGUUUCAUGGCUUAG